AUGUUGAUUAAUAAAAGAAUUGGGAAGCUGUUGAAGAUUAUACUAGCUGCUUUGGCUGUUCUUGGGGUAUAUAGAAUCAUCAAGUCCGUACGUGAGGGAAACGAUUAUUCAAAUCUCAGUGUAUCACAAUACAGAGACUAUUUAAAGAGUCACAUCGAUACAUCAAGUACCUCUAAUGAAUUAAACGGUAAUACUAAAGAGGAUAAAGUUAAGGACGAGCGUUUGCUAAAAUUUUAUAGCAGUGUAUUUCAAAGUAUCAUUGACCAUUCGCCGACAGGAAAGUGCCGUCGUGUAUACAGUGAGAACUGCAAACUAUCGACUGAUGUCGGAAAUAGACCAGAUGAUUACAAGAACUGGUUCAAAUUGUCUUUCACCGAGUUGAUCGAUUGCUUGGAGUUAGAUCUCACAGAGAUUGAAAAUUUGUCUAACUCCCAUGCAAGUUUUAUCGAGCAAUUAAAUAAACUAGUGUUACCUAAGGAUUCUUAUAAAGGUGAUGGUAUUGUUACAGUGGGUGGUGGUAAGUUCUCUCUAAUGGCAUUUUUGGUUAUUAGAACUCUUAGGAAGUUGGGAACAACAUUACCCGUAGAAGUGUUCAUCCCCCCAAAUGAUGAGGGUGAGACAGAAUUUUGUAAUAUAUUAUUACCAAAAUACAAUGCCAAAUGUGUCUAUAUCAGUGACAUCUUACCACAAGAAAUGAUUAAUAAUUUUGAGUUUAAGGGAUAUCAAUUUAAGUCUAUUGCUAUUAUUGCAUCUAGUUUUGAAAAUUUACUAUUAUUAGAUGCUGAUAAUUUCCCUAUUAAACCAUUAGAUGAUAUCUUUGAGGCUGAACCAUAUAAGACCACAGGAUUAGUUAUGUGGCCAGAUUUCUGGAGACGUACUACUCAACCGUUAUAUUACCAGAUUGCGGGUAGAACAAUUGAUUUUAAGACAAGAAUACGUAAUUCUAUUGAUGAUUUAACUCCACCUCAUGUGUAUACAAAAAAUUUAAUGGAUUUGAAAGAAGUUCCAUUCCAUGAUUUACUUGGGACAAUUCCAGAUGUGUCUACUGAAUCCGGUCAAUUAUUAAUUAACAAAUCCAAACAUUUAGCCACAGUAUUGUUAGCAUUAUACUACAAUGUUAAUGGUCCAACGUGGUAUUAUCCUAUCUUUUCACAAAAGGCUGCAGGUGAAGGUGAUAAAGAAACCUUUAUUGCAGCUGCAAAUUUUUAUGACUUACCAUUCUAUCAAGUAAAGACUAAUGUUGGUGUUGAUGGAUAUCAUCAACCUAAUGAUAAAGGUUAUCGUGGUGUUGCCAUGUUGCAACAUGAUUUUAUUCAAGAUUAUGGGAAAUAUGUUAAAGCUCGUACUGAUAUAUCUAACAAAUAUGCCAAAGCAGGUUUAGCUUAUGAUCCUGAGUAUAGUGUUGAAUCAUUUUACAAAGAAUAUUUUGAAGAUGGUGAAAAACAACCAGAAGUGGAUGUCAUGUUUAUCCAUUCCAAUCUACCUAAAUUUGAUCCUUAUACUUUAUGGACAGAUGAUGAUCUUAUUGUUGAUGGGAAACAUAUUCGUUCAUUUACAAAUCUACGUAGAUUAAAGAAUUAUGAUAUUGAAUUAGAAAAUUUUAAAGUCUUUAACGAAGUCUUAUGUGGCGAAAAGAAAGUAUCUUUAUUUAAGUAUUUGGAAGAUAAAAUGAAUGCUAAUGAUUUCAGAAGUAUGUGUCAGUAUAUUGGUAACAGACUUGAUUUCUUAGAAGAAUCUCAUGCAUCUGCCAUUUCAAGCGAAUGA